UCGGAUCCGAGCUAAACGAUGGGGUUCGUUCCAAAGCAAACGCAGUGCUCCUAAAUUCCGGCCGAAACAACGUCAUGCCACAACAACUGAUCGUUCGGCACCGAACAGCCACGCAGAUCCAUUCCCAAUAAAUCGCGACCAGCUCCGCCGAAAUGGAGCAUCGAAACUAAAUUAAAAGCGUCAUGUAGCCGUUGUCCGUUAACUGAACACGUUAAGUUAUGCCGCGGGAUUUUUAUGCUCACACGGUGUCCGGACCGGGGGGCCACCUCUUCGUAACCGAACGUCCACAGAUCCUCGGCCAAGUGUUGGCCUCUUUGGCCGUUUCCCUGGGACCUCUGGCAGCCGGCCUCGGAAAAGGCUACAGCUCUCCGGCCAUAGCUUCGCUGCAGCAGCGCGACGCCGACGCCUUUCCCGUCAGCGGCCAGGAAGCCUCCUGGUUGGCCAGCCUGUCCCUGCUGGGCGCCCUCUUCGGAGCCCCGCUCGGCGGAGCGGCCCUGCGCUGGGGCCGCCGACGCACCCUCCUCAUCGCAGGAGCCCCCCUGUCGCUCUGCUGGAUCGUCACCGUGUUCGCCGUCAGCGUGGAGGUGAUGUGCUUGGCCGCCUUCGUCAGCGGCUUCCUGGUGGCCAUCGUCCAGCUCUCCGCUCAAGUGUACGUAAGCGAAAUAGCCGCCCCCUCGAUCAGGGGCGGCCUGAGCGCCCUGCUCAAGAUCGCCGGACACGCUGGCAUGCUGGUGGCGUUCGCUGCGGGCGCUUUCCUGGACUGGCGUCAGUUGGCCUUGCUGAUUUCCCUGGCCCCGACAGCGAUGUGCAUCGCCAUGUGGCACAUCCCGGAGAGUCCCGGGUUCUUAGUUCUGAACGGCAGAGACGGCGAAGCCGAGAAGGCACUGCGCUGGUUGAGAGGCGACACGGCCGAUUUAAGACUGGAGCUGGGGCUGCUUCAAGCCCACGUCUCAACGAGAACCGUUCCUGCAAACCCCAGACUCUUCCUGGAAACCCUGAGAACACCAGCUCUAAUAGCGUGCGGCCUAAUGUUUUUUCAACGUUUCUCGGGCGCCAACGCUUUUAACUUUUACGUGGUCAGCGUUUUUAAGGAGACUUUCGGCGGCACCGAUCCUCACAGCGCCGCCGUAGCGGUUGCAGUCGUGCAGCUGCUCUCUUCUCUACUGUCCGGCCUGCUGGUGGACAGCGCGGGCAGACUACCCCUUCUAGUCGCGAGCAGUGUCUUAAUGACGUUAGCCUUGGCCUCUUUUGGGUCUUUUGCUUACUACGAGGACGCACAUCCGAAAACCGUUCCCAACCUCGACUGGAUACCUCUUUUAUGUGUUCUAGUCUUCACAGUGGCUUUUUCGCUCGGAAUCAGCCCCAUAUCCUGGCUCUUGGUCAGCGAGUUGUUCUCUUUGGAGAACAGAGGCACUGGCACCGCCUUGGCCACUUGCUUCAGCUAUUUCUGCGCGUUUGUCGGUGUCAAAACCUUUGUGGAUUUCCAGGAGUUGCUAGGUUUGUACGGGGCGUUUUGGCUGUACGCCUUCAUUUCCAUUUGCGGUCUUUGUUUCGUGGUCUGCUGCGUGCCGGAGACCAAAGGUCGCGACCUUACGGAAAUUGACACGACCAGAUGAUAUCAGGCCAACAAACCUAGGAACAAGGUUAACAUAAGCGUGGUCGAGAGGUACUGUUAGCUUUUGGCUGGCUCAAAUUACUGGCAGAAACGUCGUCCGAGAUUUAAAAUGCUAAUUACGUAAAAAGUACUAAUUUAGAUUUACUUUUUCUUAUUAAUUGUAGCCUAAAUGUAUAGGGUGGCUGUGCAAGUUUUAUUAAUUCCUCCUAAGGUUUAGACUAAACAUAUACCCGAAUAUUUCGAUUAAAUAAAUCCUAUUAAGUAAGGUGCUACAAUGACGUCAAUACGAUUAAACGAGGAGUGUUUUAAAAUCCAAAAUGCCCAAAUAAAUUAUAAACCUUCUUUAUACAAUAGGCCUAUAAAAAAUUUAAAAUAAUUGGUAAUAAAGACAAUAAAGGCAAUUCCUGUUUUAUAGGCAAAUAUAAAAAGCCUAAUCAUACGACGAUAAUAAAAGAUAAGAGUUCUUUAGAAAGCUUUUAUUUGUA